CGUGACCUCCCACAGAGCGCUGCACAGCAAAAGGAAAGGCAGCAAUCCCCACAGCAGCCCAACAAGUCUCUAUACCUGCUAACAGUUAUCUGAACGGCUAGCAACCGGCUCCAUUUACCCAGGAUGUUUUCUAUCGGGGAGACCAUGGAGUUCCUCCUGGGAAACCCCUUUUCAACGCCCGUCGGUCAGAGAAUCGAACGAGCGACGAGCGGCUCUCUACAGUCGGAGGACUGGGGACUCAACAUGGAGAUAUGCGAUAUCAUCAAUGAGACGGAUGAGGGGCCCAGAGAUGCUGUUAAAGCCAUCAAGAAAAGGAUUGUGGGAAACAAGAACUUCAGAGAGAUCAUGCUGGCUCUAACUGUUCUUGAGACCUGUGUUAAGAACUGUGGCCAUCGCUUCCAUGUUCUGGUGGCGUCGCAGGAGUUUGUUGAGGGGGUUCUGGUUCGUAUCAUUUUGCCCAAAUUCAACCCCCCCACAGUCCUCCAUGAUCGGGUUCUCAGCCUCAUACAGUCAUGGGCUGAUGCAUUUCGUAGCUCUCCCUCCCUGGUGGGGGUGGUGCAUGUGUAUGAUGAUCUAAGGCGGCGAGGUUUGGAGUUUCCUAUGACAGACCUGGAUGCACUCUCCCCCAUUCAUACUCCAAAUAGGAGCAUACCAGAGAACGAGACCCCUCAGGGGACCUCUGUCUCUGCUUCUACACUUCCAUCACAAGAACAAACACCAGCUGCCUCUCCCAGUCAACAUACCUCAUCUUCAGUCAAUGUCAGCAACGGACCGGUCCCCCUCUCUCCAGAACAGGAGCAGAAACUGCGCAGCGAGCUGGCCCUGGUUAAAGGAAACCAUGCGGUGAUGUCCCAGAUGUUAAACGAAAUGAUACCGGGACAGAGCUCAGCAGAUGAUGCAGACCUGCUACAGCAGCUGUUCUCUGUGUGUAAGAAGAUGCAGAGUCGUGUGGUUGAGCUGAUCCCACAGCUGGUGGAUGAAAGGUUUAUGGAGGAGUUACUGGUGGUAAACGACGACCUCAACAAUGUCUUCAUUCGCUAUGAGAGGUUUGAACGGCUGAACAAGACUCAAAGUUCAGAUCCUAAACAGAUCUCUGUAAGGAGCCCAAAUUUGGUUGACACCAUCCCUGAAACUCUGAACAACAAACAGGCCGCUACCAUCACAGCAAGCAUCCAACCAGCCGCCAGCGCCCAGACCAAUCACCAGCUAUCAGCCAAUCACAAAGAAGAGGAGGAGUUUGACAUGUUUGCUCAGACCAGAGGCAGCUCUUUGGCUGAGCAGAGGAAAAGCGUCAGAUAUGAAGAUCCAGAAACUGUAGAAGGACUUGCUGAAGCUCUGGACUCGAGGCUGCAGGUCACAGGAGGGAUGGUGCCGGAGAAAAAUGCUCCGCAGAACGACACUGACAAAUGGUUAUCUUCUGAUCUGCAGGAAGGUCAAUCCUCGGUUUGUGAAGGAGUCUCCAGUGAAGAGUUUGACAAGUUUCUGGACGAUCGGGCGAAGGUGGCGGACCAAAGCAACCUUUCAAUUCGCACCGUGCCAUCGGCCACGCCUAGACCUCAGCCCACCAAGAAGCAGGAUGCCACACAUGACCAGCUCUUUUCUCUUUAAAGAAGAUCUAACACGUGCAAAAAAAAAAA